UUCGCUGUUUAUAGAAACUAGAAAUCCAUUAAAAGAUAGAGAGAGAACAACUAAAUCAAUUAAUCCUAAUCCUCUAAUUUGAUUAAAAAAUUUUGAAGGAGGAAAAAACCCAUUAAUGGAGAAGAUUAAUCAGAAGAUGUUCCCAGUGAGUGAUGAUGAAAACUACUGUGAAGAAGAAGAAGAAGGAGAAUCAUUAGGGCGUGAAGAAAUUGCUGCUGCUGAUGAUUCAGAAGAAGACCCAACAUUUGAUGUUCUUGAAGAAACGCGGUCGAGUUUAUCCAGACUUUCAUUGAAGAAAUCUAAAUCACGUAUUUCGAAGGUUAUCGAAUCUGGAAAUGAUGAUGAAGAACCUGAUGAUGUGGAGAUUAAGGUGCCUGAACUUAAUGCUAAAGAUGCCAAAAGUUAUGAAACUAUUGAGAAGAUUAUUGCUGGUGGUCAGGUGGAGAAAUUGAAAGUGGAGCAGUGUAAAGUUUAUUUGAGGAAGAAUGGGCUGCGAUUAACGGGGAAGAAAGACGUUCUUAUCGAUCGGAUUAAGGAACAUCUUGGGAUCAUAAAUGGUGGCGGAGAACUCAAGUAUCCAGCAUCCAGCUUCGUGUUUAACUGCAAAGGUGAUGCUUGCACUGGAGAUGUCGUAAUGUUCGAGCAAAAUGUUUAUGAAAUGUAUAACAUAGCUUCUAGGAGUGCAAUUGGCCCUCCCUGUGGGACUAGAACCGUUGCAGGUCGCAUUGUGAAAGAAAGCUAUGGUUCGGCCAAACAGCAACACACAUUUACGAUUGAAGUAUUAUGGAGCAAAGGAGUGAAACCACUUCCUCCACUCCACCCUCUUUUAAUUAAGGGUAGAAACCUUUAUAAACUAAAGACAAUGAGACAGUUAUGGGUAGAUGAGGAGAUGAGGCGGAAGGUGUUGCUAGAAAAACACUCCAGAGGAUCUCUUGCCAGGUCCAACAGAGAAACAAGAAUCCAGCAAAAGGAAAUGCGGAAGAAGUGUAUCGGACAGAGGGUGUUGAGAAAUGAAAUAAAUAGUAAAAGAAAUAGUGUCCAAGAGACGAAAAGAAGGAUGUCACCAGAUGAAUUGGAGAUGGAACCAGCUGGUCAACUUCAGAAUGAACACCCAACAAUCUACACAAAACAAUCUACUCAGACUGGACAACAUAAACCAGCUUUCCCACCAAAGAUGGUUCUCUCUGAGGUCUGCAUGAACACCACAAUGCCAUCAAGUAUUACUGAACAACAUCACAAUAAUGGAUAUCAGGUUGCCAAGCACAGGCAGAAUCACAUCUCUGAAAAGGUCAAUCAAUCUCAGUUCGCCAGCAGUACCCAACAAAAGUUUUCUGGAAAUGUCCAUGAUGCAUAUGCGAACAGUGCACAAAAUAACUUUUCAGAAAAACUUCAUCAAUCCCAUCAUGCAAAUGCAAAUCAGUCAAGCUUCAAUGCUCCUCCUCGAAAUUCUAUUCUUGGGAGGGCUCCCUCACAGCGCCAGGUCUGUCAAUACUAUCCUCAAGGAAGGUGUAGAUAUGGAAAGAACUGUAAGUAUUUGCACGAAGACCGAGAUAAACGUGUGAAUGGAGUAACUGCUAAACCCUCUUACCCAAAUGAAAAUGCUUCGAGCUUCAAUGCCCCUCCUCGGAGCCCUACCCGCAGAAGCUGCAAUUCUUCUCUUCAGAGUCCCUCACGCAGAAGCUACCAUUCUCCUGUUCGGAGCCCCAUACGCAGAAGCUUCAAUGCUCCUGCUCAGAAUAGCUUCAAUUGUCCACCAAGGAGUCCCACACAUAGAAGCUUCAAUUCUCCUGUCCGGAGCCCCAUUGCCAGAAGCUUCAAUGCUCUUGCUCGAGGAAGCCUCAAUUGCCCACCUUGGAGUCCCAGCCGUGGACGGCAGUUGCAUGCUCAGAAUAGCUUCAAUUAUCCACCAAGAAGUCCUAACCACAGAAGCUUCAAUUCUCCUGCGCGAAGUCCCACUCCUCCAAGAAGUCCGAAUUACAGAAGCUUCAAUUCUCCUGUGCGAAGUCCCACUCACAGAAACUUCAAUUCUCCUUCUCGCGCAAGCUUUAAUUGCCCACCUUGGAGUCCCAACCGUGGAGGUCCACCCAUGCAGCGGCAGGUAUGCCGCUACUACAAUCAGGGAAGGUGUUAUCAUGGAGAAAACUGCAAGUAUUUGCAUGAAAGAAGAUAAGGGGGUGUAUGCCAGAAAGGUUUUGCGGUGCAGCAGUACAACUGAAAUUACAUGUUUCUUGAUUUCGGUACAACUGAUGUAGUUCUUCUGAACAAAUUUUCUCAGCCAUCUCGCUGAUUCUGGAGACACUAGAAUCACAUUUUUUUUCUUGAUUUUUUUAAUUAUCAGAAUUUGAGGGGAAACUGAAAGAAAA